AUGGAUCAGAGACGUCUGAGCACGUCGGCCGCUCCAAACAGGUCCAGCGCUCUUCCUAGGCCUACAUCGCGUCUGCCACAGCCACGAGCCUCAACUAUCCCAGCUCUUGCUCUUACUCGUGCUCCUGCUGCUGCUGCUGCUGCUGCACCGACCCUCCGCCCCGCCGCCUCCACGGAAGGUCUUCGAGGUCGCUUCGCCCAAUCAAAGCCAGCCGCCGAACCGCGGUCUCCCAUUACUGCCAACACCUCCCGGCUGAGGACACCUACUUCCAGGGAACAGCUUAGGGGAUCCAAUCCCACAACCCCGUCCACACUUCGGACACCCGGGAGGACAAACCUCCCUCCUGUUGCUUCUCGUCGUGCCAGGGAUACAAGUUUAUCUCGGGAGCCUAGCCGCGAGCGCGCCGCCUUGGACGCCCAGGAUGGACAGUUUAGGAAACCCCUUGUUCCUAGGAGACGACCAUCCGGGCAAUUCGUGUCCGCUUUUCAGGCCGAGUCUGCCAUUGAUGAGGAAGACGCACAAGAUGUCUUGCCUCCCUUGGCCAGUUCCACCGAAGAUGGCCUUACACUCGACGCUCUGAGCAUACGUCUUGCAGCUAGGAAAGCGAGGCCAUCACUCGCCGAGAGAACCAUGGAAACACUUUCCCAUUUGCCCUCGUCUCCUGUAGCCAAGCGCAACACCAACUUCUUUGACCAUGACCCAUCGUCGAGGAGACCAUCUUCGAGAGCUUCCCGGGCUACCAGCGUUGGAUCCAGACCUGGCUCAAGCUACCAGUCCGAUGGCUCCAACGGCAAGUCUCUGAGCCGGCCGGGUUCCAGCUCGGAACCAUUAGACGCCUCAUACACAAACUUCAGAGCCUCGUCAAGUUCUUACAAGCCACCAUUAUCUACUGUGCAAGGAACGCCGUCCAGAAGAGUGUCUGGUAUUGCCAAACCCCCCAACUUUAAGCCAGCCUCGGCAGCAAGUAGAAUCCCUUCAAACCCGCCACUCUCCGCAUUAGCAUCUCGCACAUCAAGUCCUGAGAAGAAAGUAGAAGAAGCUGCCCCCUCCAAAUCUGGAGCAAAGCCCUCGACUGCACGCCCACUCAGAUCAAGAGCUUCGAUCAAUGGGUUGGUAAAGAAACCAUCAAUCACAGCGUUGAGCCAACCGGACACCAAGGCACAUGACCUUCCAGCGCGACAAUCUCGUAAAGUCUCAUUGGCUUCAGUUCGUUCUGCAGCGACGACCAACACAAAUGUAUCGACCGAGGACCGCAAUCUUUCCAGUGCGUCGACCGCUUCUACAGCACUCACGUUUGACUCUGCAGAAGACGCCCAGAAUACCACGACCGCACGCAAAUCUUCUGCCGCGCUGCGCGACCAGAUUGCUAAAGCGAAAGCCGCUAAGCGAACUGCUUUACGACAGGUUUCUGGCGGUGUAGGAGUUGCUCCUUUGAAGUCGCCCCUAAUUCCCACUGACAACACAUUUGAUUUUGGUCUUUCAGAUGAUCCUUUCAACCAGGCACAUUUUGAAACCUCGAAUCGGAGGGUCAUGCAGUCUCGAAUUGACAUGGGCCGAACUACCGGCAGACUGAACAUUGCUGCCAUGGGACUGAAGCAGAUACCUGAUGAGGUCGUCAAGAUGUAUGAUCUUGAGUCUGUAGGCCAUGGCGCAAGCUGGGCAGAAAGCAUGGACCUCACUCGGUUCGUCGCGGCCGACAAUGAGCUCGAAAUGCUUGAUGAUUCAAUAUUCCCUGAUACUGACCCUAUGGAUUUCGCCGACGAUGAGGACAGUAGAGGACACCAGUUUGGGGGCCUGGAGGCUCUAGAUUUACACGGCAAUACACUAAUAGCUGUGCCUCUAGGUUUGAGGCGGCUCCAACAACUCACCUCUUUGAACUUGGCACAAAACAAACUUGCCAAUGGAUGUCUCGAGGUUAUUUCUCAAGUCCGGUCAUUGCGCGACUUGAAGCUAGGUGGCAAUCUCCUGUACGGCAAGCUAGACUCCAGCCUUUCAUCCUUGGAGAACUUGGAGAUCUUGGAUUUGAAGGGCAAUGAGAUAACUGCUUUGCCCGAUAGUUUUGACAAACUGACCCGGCUUCGCGUGCUAAACCUCAAUGAGAACGCUCUCGAAUCUUUACCAUUCGGAACACUUGCCAAACUGCCCCUCAUCGAACUUUUUGCUCACAAAAACAGGUUGGCUGGCACAUUACUGGAUGUAGAGGUUGAGGUUCUACCCAACUUGCAAACUCUUGAUGUGUCUAGCAACCAACUGAGCUUGAUUGCAUUAGGCCCAAUCUCAAUGCCUUCGUUGCUUCAAGUUACCAUCUCAUCGAACCGUCUGCAGUCUUUGCCCGACAUCAGCUCCUGGGGAAACCUUCAUACACUCAAUGCCGCCGAGAACAGUAUAACCGCCAUUCCAGAUGGCUUUGCUAGUUUGGAAAAUUUGAAAUCGGCUGAUUUCACCAGCAAUGACAUUCGUGUCGUGCCCCCGGAGAUUGCGCGCAUGAAUGCUUUGACACUGUUGCGCAUAGUGGGCAACCCCUUAAAGGACAAGAAAUUCACCUCCAUGACAACCGACGAGCUCAAGGACAGCUUGGCAGCGAGACUUGAGCCAUUGGCUGAGUUUCAAGGUGGGGUUGAACAGUUUGGCAACGGCUUCGACCCUUCGGGUUCACGAUCACUGUCCACAUAUGAAUCACUGAACAGUCUGCAAGCACCACUUGCUGACAAUGACGACAACGAGGACAGCCGCUCGGAGAAUGACGACUUUGCAACGCCUCCAACAUCCGCCCCACAAUCGCCCGUCAGAGAGAGGUCAAAUCCCCUAGGUAGUCAGACAUGGCCCAUCAAGCCUGGUGGAAUACUUGACCGCGCCAACACCAAAUCCUCAUCACUUCACCCAGUCGUUUGCUCAAAGCUUGUGGUUGACCAAACUAUUCGCGAGGUUCGCCUUCAGCAUAACGUCUUCACCAAUUUUCCAAACUCGCUGUCCUUCUUUGCCGAUACCCUUUCAUCUUUGAAUAUAUCCCACAACCAAUUCGUUGGCGAAGGUUAUUUGUGUGAGGAGCUUGACUUGACAGCACUCAAGGAACUCAAUUUGUCUUACAACCACAUCACUAGCUUAGCUCCUCUGGUCACUCACCUCCGAGCACCCAACUUGCAGAAGCUCGAUAUCUCUUUCAACCGUAUCGUUUCGCUUCCAGCAUUACGCGAUGCGUUCCCGAGCCUCGAGGUGUUACUUGUCUCCAAUAACCAUCUGGAAGACCUGGACCCAGAUUGGGUUACAGGAUUAAAGAUUGUCGCGGCAGAAAAUAACGAUAUCGCACAUCUCAACCCGCGGCUGGGCCUGCAGCCCUUCGAGCGCCUUGAAGUCAGCGGCAAUCGCUUCAGGGUUCCUAGAUGGAAUGUACUCGAACGUGGUACUGAGGCUACGCUUAGAUGGCUCCGAGGACGUGUACCUGUGGCGGAAAUGGCUGAAUGGAGAGCAAAAUCCGGGAAUGUUGAUGAUGACGAUGGCGAUUUUGAGUGA